AGCCGCCAAGCCGUCACCCAGCAGCGGCAGGGCCUAGCAGUGCAGCCGCAGGUCCCAGCACCGCAGCAGCACCCAGUGAGCCAUUAUCCCACCUUUGUGAUCAGCAUGGUUCUCUGCAAUGCCCCCGGCGCGCGUACCGCUCUCGCAGCGGCUGAGCGGUAUGUCGUCUACUAUGCCAGCCUCGGCGACGACUCAUCACCGAAGCUGGGGGGGGAUGCAACAACGACGACUCCAGCACCGCUGCGGAUUCGACCGCCAGCACCGGCACCAGCUCAGCACCCACGUGCUGCGACACUGGCGAGCUCAAAGCUGGCGGCGCCGACGCAAGUCCCAGCGAGUGCAAGCCCGCCUGGGCAGGCAGCGCGUAAUAUUGUGCCUGCACAGGCGGCACCGUCUCGGGUCAAGCAGCCGACCCAGCCAGGCAGUGGCGGCAAAGCCGCAACCAAGGACGACGAGGCAGCGCCCACGGGCACCAGCGACAGUCCCGCCACCACCACGACCGACCCUGCCGCGACGCACGACGGCAGCGUGAAGGUGCAAGGGUGGAUAGCGCGCGGGCUGACUGCCGUGAGCGGGUGGUGCAUCAGGGUGCCGCCUACAUGUCCGGCUUCAUUGACCGCACCGUUCCCAUGUGCGAGAAGACUGAGCAGCACGGGCAAGCGCAAGAACUACCGGCCGCCGAGUGUCGAGCGGCAGGUAGGCAGUCGGGGUGGCGUCGGCCCGGCCGGAGCCGCAGCAGACCCCAAGUCAACGCCCGCAGGCCCAGAGCCGUGGCGGCUAGCAGUCACGAGGGUGUAGUGGCAGAUAGCGAGCAAAGCGCAGGCACCAGGCCGUCAGGUGACACCACCGAGACCCAGGCAACACAAGCGACAGCUCGAGCCGGCUCAGACACGUCAGAUGCUUCCAUCUACCGAGUCCCGGACCCUGCCGAGCAGCGACAGGGCAGCAAUCAGCAGCAAGGGCCUGUCAUCGACAGUCCCUGGUGCAAUCGCCACCAGUUGGCAGUUGGCACCGGCGGUGUUAGCGCACAGCACGCAGGCGCGGGCCAGAGGUCCUAGCUGCCGUAGUGCAUCGUGCAAGUUACAGUCCAUCAUCUCGUGAGUGAUCACCAGCCACCACCAGCAGUAACGGUGGCAGCACAUCAGCAGCCGCACGCCCCCGUGGCGGCGGCAGUGCUCCAGCAGCUGCACGCCUUAGUGGCGGCAGCGUAUCGUCAGCCGCACGCCCCCGUGGCGGCGGCAGUGCUCCAGCAGCUGCGCGCCUUAGUGGCGGCAGUGUAUCGUCAGCUGCGCGCCCCAGCGGCGGCAGCAUGUUAGCAGAACCUGCAGGCCGCAGCAGCGGCAGCGCGUCAACAGAAGAUGCCUCAGCCGCUGCCGGCGCAUGUAAGGUGAGGUGGAUUCCACUGCCCACAGCAGCGACAACAGCAACACCUAGAUCGAGGAGGCGGCCUGCCUGGCAGCAGUAGGUUUAGCCAAAGACAAGACACGCUGGAGACGUGCAGCAGCUUGCACCAGCAAAUCUUCAGUGGUCACCGACCACGUGUGUUUCCUGCAAGGCCUGGGCACCGCCCUGCACCGCCUGCAUUCAAGGAUUGGUGACGUCGCAUGGGUCCCCCAGAGACCAAGCUCACCGCACCAAUUUCUGUACCAGAAACCCCAAGCAGUGUCGGCGCUGUCUACCGGCGGACACUAGGGAGGUCGCAUCAGCGGUUAAACACCGCCAGGAAAACCAGGGCACCACCCUGUGCCCAUGUUCAAGGAUUGGCGACGUUGCAAGCGACGGUUGGCACACUUUCUGCCUCACGCCACUGCUCGAGGGGAUUCCCAAAGGUGCUUGGGUGUGCCCCAGCUGCACAGCCAAGGGCGUGACGCCGGACAACCUUUGUCAGGCUCAAGGUUAAGGUCAAGCCGCGUCGUCUACACCGCCAGCCAAGUUCAAGGACCUUCAAGGAGCGCUUGCUAUGAAGGAGGCCAAGGGCAGGAGGGCCAGGAGCGCGACCAACACCGGCGUGGUCAGCUACGCGGGUCAACAGCGCCGAGUGCACUACUUCCUGAUCGAGUACCCCGAUGGCGCCACCGAAACUGUUACACACGCCCAACUUCGGCCCAGACUGGUCCCCAAGCAACAGGCGCGUGCAGCGGCCGUUACCAGUGUCGAGCCUGCCGUGCCGCCCCCUGCCGAGGAGCUGCCGUCACGUGGAGUCAGCCUGCCCGAGUCUACACCGUCGGAGCUGGAGUGCCUGUCGGAGCUAAUUGACCUGUCUCAGGUCACGUCCGUCUACGCGCCGCUCAACGUGCCUGACGCCACCGCGGCGUGGGUGCGUGCGCACGGUUGCACCCUGCGCAGGGGCAGACCUGUCAGCGGUCUCGCUGCUUUGGAGGCGGCCAGCCUACGCCGGGCUCAACAGGACGGCAUUGGCAUGAACGUGAUCUGGCUGGAGGUGUAUCCGGCAGCCGUGGAUACGCACGUGGAGGCAACGAGGGACUUCGUCACUGAUGCCGUGAUAGCCAGGGUGCCGCGUGAGUACGUGGGCAAGGCGGGCAAGGCACGGCUCAGCAGGCUGCGCAAGCGGCGCGCCAGUGGGGAGUUGUUGAUUGCGUCGUGUGCGACCUGUGUGUGGUUGGUGCUGCUGUCGAAGGGCAUUAAGAGGUGGGGUUUCGUAACCGCCAUGAGCGCGGGCGAGCCCGUGCUGUGAGGGCUGUGUAUAUCUUAAAACAUUGAUUGCCUUUCCUCAUCUGAGCUCUGCCAUUGCAGCUGGCAUGGCAACUCGCCGCAUGUGAGUGUGAUUUACUGCAUGUGUCUGUCUUUUAUGCGUGCUGUCUGUGUACCGCGCCUGAGACGCGUUUGCUUUUCUGUGUGUUUUCCACUGUGCCCCAACUCGUAUCACCAGACCACGGCCGUUCACGUUCCGUGGCUGGGGGGGGGACAUCUAGCGGGGCACGUGCGGGUUGCAUCAGCCCAUGGGAAGACGUGACAGCUGUCACACCCCAGCGGGUUACCUAGCAUAGCGUGUCACCGUGCUGUGUUUAGCUGUGCCGAUGCGCGUACGGCAGACGGAAGGGCAAGACCCGGGGUGCCGUAAGAGGCUGUGAGGGGAGUUGCCGGUCGUGCCAGUCGCGUGUGUCGUGUGUUGAGUUCGUGGAACCGGGUGGCUGAGCCGUUGACUGGGCUCAGGCCGCCGCAUUUCCCAGUGUAUCGUGUGUAUGCUACGUUGCAUUAGCCUCGUGUGUUUGGGCGCCAGUCGUUAGCGGCCAGGCUUGACUGGUGGGCGGUGGCUGAACUGGCCCGCGUCCCAUGCGGAGAUAGCGAGGUUAACGCGUGAGAGAGCUCAAGCAAGCUUGUCUUUGCUUGAGCUACUUGAACGACCUUUCAUUUAGCGAUUUCAGAGUUAAAGACCCGUCAGAGCAGUCACGUUACAGACUGCGAACGCUUGUAAUAUACCGACGGAGCACGUAUUGUCCGUCACCCGCCUGUUCUGCUGGUCCGCGGAGCAAGGGACCAGAGCAGACCACAGCUCAACAUCUAGCGGGGCACGUGCGGGUUGCAUCAGCCCAUGGGAAGACGUGACAGCCAUGUCACAAGCGCAAGCGUUAGCAGUGUGCGCGGCUCUGUGGGAACUGGGAAGCUAUUCGGUAUAAAUGGUUUCAUCUGUGAUACCCUGUGGCAGGUGUGGUCCAAUCGGGUGCAGGGAGUCUUUGCAGUUUGCUGUAUCUGGCUAGAUGCGUCGGGAGUGCUGCUGCAUUCAUGUGUCCCAUGGCUGUAAUCCCGAUGUAAGCAUGGCGGCAC